UCCGAAUUUUUACACCCACAGCAUCACGCUUCCCCUCGACAGAUCGCCAACAUCUGCGAUUCAGCAGUCGUUCCUUCCGGGGAAAACAACUACUUCUCAUACACCAGACGAAGGAUUCAAUCUUGCAAAGAAUUGCCCCAGGAGCUCUCCGAACCAGAGCACCUGCCUACCGUAACAAUCCUGCCUACAUACUUACCAAAGUCACCACGCCAAAAUGCCUGGCAAAGCGUGGUCCAAAGAGGAAGAGCGCGUCUACUGGCGUUUCGUCAUUCCCCAAUCGGCGAAGCGUGUUGAUGGCGGCCCGGCGGUGCCUUGGGACCAGUUGGCCGUGUACAUGCAGAAGAGAAUGGGUGCCAACGCCAAGCGGGAAUACACUCAUCUCAGUCUCCUGGAGCACUACUUCCAGAACUUCGAUAAGGAGCGUUUCUCACCCCACGCGGCUCCAUACGUACGCGAGGCGAAGAGGAUCAUGGCCAGUAUCAUGAAGAGCCAGUCGCAGAGUGACGCCUCUGUUCCCUCCCAGGAUGCUCAGCUUCAGGACAGCUUCAACAAGCAUACCGGCGAGACCACUGACGAGGAUAACGGAACCAUCUUAUCUAAUGAAACCAACGACGGCGACGCAGAUUACAUCGAUGAUGGCGAUGAAGACGCCGAGGGUGAAGAUGACCAUGUUGAUCCCGACGACGAAGUUCUCACCUUCAUUCGGGACAUGGCCCGGGAAUCUCAGCGAAACCAAACUGCCGCUCGCUCUGUCAAGCGUGCUGCGGGUCAAUCGUCUACUCUCCCGGCCCCUGUGGCUGACAUGAGCUCUCAUGGCAACUACGUCCCCGGCUUGGCGCCCCAGCACACCAUCUCGCAGGAGCGUUCGACGCUACCCCCUCGCCCCCCUAGAGCUGUCACGCGGGUCCACGACUACCAUGCUUUCCCGUACGAAAGCCCCAGACCCGCUCAGCAUGGUCGAGAGCCGCCUCAGAAACGUGCUCGAUUGGCGAACCCUUUCGAGACCAACGGCUACUAUGACCAGGGCCUCAGAACUCAGGCUUAUUACGGACAGCAGUCCAGCCGUCAGGCUUUCUACAAUCAGGGUCCCAGAAUGCAGAGCCAGUAUGGACAGGAUUCCGGCAGCCACGGCUACUACGAUCAGAACUCUGGCAAUCAGGCCCAUUACAACCAGACGCGCGGCGACUACGGCCAGAUCACCAACCCCCAGGGCUUCGAAGAUGACCCCGACUCCGUAUACUUCUGGGAUCAGAGCGCCAAGGACCGUAGCUACUACGAACGGGGGCACGCCCGCCAGCGCCAGCAGUACAUCGACCAGUGCCAUGGUCUAAGUGACGACAACCAGGACUGCCGCGGUCAGAGCUCUAGCAGCCAUAGUCACGACCAGAACCGCAGCGUCCAGGGCCCCUUCCAGAAUCACGAACACCGUGUCUACGACCAGAACGAAGUCACCCGGGGCUACUACAACCAGAACCGCAACAUUCAGAGCGCCGGCCAGAACCACGAGAACCGUGGCUACGAUCAGAGCCGCAACCAGCAUGACCUCGGCAACCAGGGAUACCACGCGAACGCAGCGUACAAUACUAGCCAGCACCUCCGUGCUCCCUCCGUGGGCUACAGCGGUCAACAGCCUGCCAUGGGAUCUCAUCAGUACCACCAAGAUCCUCAGUGCCAGUCUCCUCCCCAGUUGCAGCAGUCGGCCAUGGGCUACUCUGAGUACCCUAUCGGAAACCGACCCAGCGCCUCAGCGCGCCUUGAUUCCCAGAAUGCGAUGGCUCGCUACUCAGAUCGUCAAGUCCCGAUGUCCCCUGGUCGCAGCUCAGUUCCGAUGUCGCCCAACUACGACAGCUCCGCGCAGCACAGUGUUGCGCCGUCUCCUGGCGGCAUUGGUCAUCAUUCGACCAUUCCGGACUACAUCCAGCGCCCCUCGACAGCUAGCUCUGGCUACCAACAGCCUUCUCGCCGUCCUUCCGUUCGUCAGCAGGCUAGUGAGGAUCAUCACCUCCAGGGAGCUCACAACAACAAUCGCGAGGAGCCUAAGAAUGAGCAGUUUCAGCAUCCGUCUUCCACCUCUGGUCCUCUUCGUCAGCAUCCCGGUGAGGAUCAUCACCGCCAGGAAGCCUACAUGGAUCGUCGCGAGGAGCCCGAGAACGAGCAGAUCCAGCGCCCCCCUUCUUCUGUCCUUGUUCGUCAGGAACCUAUCGAGUACGCCCAUCAUCAGAGCGGCUACAUGAACCAGCGCGAACAGCGUGAGGGUGAGCGCUUCUCUGGUCGCUACGUCUCUCCCUACCCUCCUCGUCAGCAUCCCGCCGAGCACAACAACGGUCAGGGUGGCGUCCCGAAGAAUCGCUUUGUGCCCGAGUACGAGCCAGAGAUGUUCCAGGCCUUUGAGGCCGAGUCUGCUCGACGCAAGGAGUGAGGUCUGAGGGUACUGCUCCUUGCCAUGAUAUUGUAGAUAUUUUGGGCUGCAGGCAUCGGGACAUUGCGACUUUCACCAGGGCGACAAUGGCAUUCAGCUUGCUAGAUCCGCCAUCGACUAGCAAUCUUUGCUGGUAGCACAGAUGCGGUUACGAAGACCUCUAUCACGGAAGCGGGAGGGAGUUAUUGAGUUUUCACAUCAUCACUGAGCAUCCUGGAAGCAUUCGGAGAGAAGCUAUCGAGCUUCCACAUUGGU